GAACGUUCUCUCGCAGGGGCUCGCACUGAUCCAAGUUAGGAGCUUUCAGCUGCCAGCCUUGGCCCAUCAUGUAAGUGCUGCGGAGAAUUCUUUGCAGUGCAAUUGCAGAAAUUACCUGUUUUCCUGACGCCUGCGGGGGCCGUGCAAUCACACCGGCGCUCUGUGCACGGACACGCACGCUCCGGACGCAAAAAGGCUCCAAGUGCAUGAAGAUCGAGGCUUGUAUUUUGCAUCUUUGUUGCAAAAAAGCAAGCCGCUGAAGCUCCAUUGCGAGGGCGAUGGAGGGAGGGAGUGAGAAAGAAGGCAAAGUCUUUUGUGCUUCCCCUCCCCCUCAUCAAAGCAAAGGGGAAAUGUCUCAGCCAAAGGGAGGUAAGAGGAAGACGCUGCUCAAGCUCCCCAAGGAGGUGUUUGAGCAGCCUCCUCCCACAGCAGUACCCCCCAGAGAUUUGGAUUCGAAAGCUUGUGUAACUAUCGGAGAGAAGAACUUCGAGGUGAAGGCCGAUGACCUGGAGCAGAUCUGCGAGCUGGGCCGGGGUGCGUACGGCGUGGUGGAGAAGAUGAGGCACGUGCCCAGUGGCCUGAUCAUGGCUGUGAAGCGGAUCCGGGCCACCGUGAACACUCAGGAGCAGAAGAGGCUGCUCAUGGAUCUGGACAUCUCCAUGAGGACCGUGGACUGUUACUACACCGUCACCUUCUACGGAGCGCUCUUCAGAGAGGGCGAUGUCUGGAUCUGCAUGGAGCUGAUGGACACCUCCCUGGACAAGUUCUACAAGCAGGUGAUCGAGAAGGGAAUGAGCAUCCCCGAGGACAUCCUGGGAAAGAUCGCCGUCUCCAUAGUAAAAGCUUUGGAGCAUCUGCACAGCAAUCUGCAAGUCAUACACAGAGACGUGAAGCCCUCCAACGUGCUGAUCAACACGCAGGGCCAGGUGAAGAUGUGCGACUUUGGCAUCAGCGGCUACCUGGUGGACUCCGUGGCCAAAACCAUGGACGCCGGCUGCAAACCCUACAUGGCACCAGAGAGGAUCAACCCCGAGACCAACCAGAAGGGCUACAGCGUUAAAUCUGACAUCUGGAGUCUGGGAAUCACCAUGAUCGAGCUCGCCAUCCUGCGCUUCCCGUACGACUCGUGGGGCACGCCCUUCCAGCAGCUGAAGCAGGUGGUGGAGGAACCCUCGCCCCAGCUUCCUGCAGAACAGUUCUCCCCCGACUUUGUGGACUUCUCCUCCCUGUGCUUAAAGAAAGUUUCAAAAGAGCGGCCGACUUACACAGAACUCAUGCAACAUCCCUUCUUCACCUCCCAUGAGGCCAAAGAAACCGACGUGGCUAGCUUUGUGAAAAUCAUCUUGGGAGACUGAGUGGCCACAGAAGGAAGGGAGGAUCUGUUAAUAAGAAGAAAUACAAACAAACAAAAAAGCACCAAUCGCAGCCUCUGUUACCUGCAGCCUGCUCUCACCCCUCCCUCCAGAAAGGAGCAUCAGAAGGAGACGCUGACUCGGCACAGAGAGGAGUUUGCCCCCAUUAUGUCCUCUCUUCAUUAUCUGACACGGGAAGGGUGGGGGAGACGGGUUCCUCACACAUAAUCUGGAAUAAUUUAAGAUAUCUGUAUGCCCCUGUGCACCGCCUACUUCUCAUACAGUCUGGAGUCACUUUGCUAGUGAAAAGAGGUGCAGAUUAUAUAAAAAAAAAAGAUGAAUGAUAUAAUGCUAUCUAUGUAUAAUCUAAAUGUUUGUAUACUCAAAGCAAGUGUUGCAACGGUUUAUUCAUUGACUGCAUGUACAGAAUAUAUCUCUGGGGGAAAAGAGGAGGAAGAGUCCGACAGUCGGAUAUAUGCAGAUUUGCGGCCUUCGCUUCAAGGCCCGAAAUAGGUACUGCACACCAACUGCUUUCCCUAGAUUACAAAGACUGUGUGUGUGUGUGUGUGUGUGUGUGUGUGUGUGUGUGUGUGUGUG